AAAAUAAAUUUUAAUUUAAUAUCUUAAAAUAAUAUCUUCUUAUGUUUAUUAAUAAAUUUCUUUGACUCUAUUAAAAAAUUAAAUUCUACAUGUUACAACUUUGUUGCUCUUGCGUCAAUCUCCAAGUCCAACAUGAAACUUGAAUUCUCCUCUGUCGAGAAUCAAAACUUGAACCAAGUUGUUGUUGGUGGUAAGAAAUCGAAGCGCUCGAAUUCUCGUGGAGUUCAGAAAGCGGGAAGCAAAAUCUAUGAUUAUGCAAAUAGGAAAUAUUGUCACCAGUGCCGACAAAAUACCAAGAAUUUUUCUGUUGUUUGUAAGAAUCUGAAGAAGGGGAAACCUUGUUCAAUUAAGUUUUGCUGCAGGUGUCUCUCAAACAGGUAUGGAGAGAUUGCAGAAGAGGUGGCACUCUUGGUGGAUUGGAAAUGUCCAAAGUGUAGAGGCCUUUGCAUUUGUAGUGUUUGCGAGAAAAAACGAGGUAACCAACCUAUCGGUCGACUAAUUGAAACAGCUAGGGCAUCUGGUUUCAAAUCUGUGUUGGAAAUGCUUCGUGCAAGGGCUACUAAUAAGUCUAGAGAUUUCGAAUCGAACAAGGAACCUAUAGUGCUUGUCUCAAGUGAACUUGAUAAAGAAAACCCUUCAGAUGGAAAUAAUGAUGUAAAAAUUCACUCACCAAAUGAUAAAAAGGCAUCAUUACCAAAAAUUUCAAAGAAUACAAGGCUUGAAGAAUCGAAGGAAAUAUUUAAAGAGGACAAUGUUGAUAAUGCUAGAAAAAAGAAGAGUUUGAAAAGGCUGAAAAUUCGCAAAGAAGUUCCAAGGGAGGAAGCAAAAGGAAAUGAAAAUGAUGACACUAAAGGACCUAUUGUGUUUUUCUCAAAUGAACUUGAGAAGGAAAACUCUUUAGAUGGAAACAAUGAUGUAAAACUUGGCCCUCUUAAUGCUCAAAAGGCAUCGUUACCAAAAUUUUCCAAGAAUACAAAGCGUGAAGAAUCGAAUGAACUAUCAAAAAAGGACAAUGUUGAUAGUGCUGACAAAAAGAAGAACUUGAAAAGACUCAAAAUUUGUAAAGAAGAUCCAAGGGAGGAAGCAACAAGAAAUGCAAAUGUUGACACUAAAAAAAUCGUAGUACUUUUCUCAAGUGAAAUUAAGAAGGAAAACUCUUUAAAUGGAAACAAUGAUGUAAAACCUCACUCUCUGAAUGCUCGGAAGACAACAUUACCAACAUUUUCCAUGAAUACAAAGCAUGAAGAAUCCCAUGAAAUAUCUAAAGGGAAGAAUGUUGAUAGUGUCAAGAAAAAGAAGAGCUUGAAAAGGUUCAACAUUUGCAAAGAAGUUCCAAGGAAGGAAGCAAAAGGAAAAACAAAUGAUGACAUUAAAGAACUUGUGGUGCUUGUCUCAUGCGAACUUGAGAAGAAAAACUCUUCAGAUGGAAAUAGUAAUGUAAAACUUUGCUCUUUGAAUGCCAAGAAGGCAUUAUUACCAACAAUGUCCGAGAAUACAAAGCAUGAAGAAUCACAGGAACUAUCUAAAGGAGAGAAUGUUGAAAGUGCUAGAAAAAAGAAGGGCUGGAAAAGACUCAAAAUUUGCAAAGAAGUUCCAAGGAAGGAAGCAAAGGGAAAUGCAAAUGAUGACACUAAAGAACAUUUUAUUCUUGUCUCAGGUGAACUUGAGAAGGGAAACUCUUUAGAUGGAAACAAUGAUGUAAAACUUUGUUCUCUAAAUGCUCAUAAGGCAUCAUUACCAAAAAUGUCCAAGAAUACAAAGCAUGAAGAAUCGCAGGAACUAUUAAAAGAGGAAAAUGUUGAUAGUGUUGAAAAAAAUAAGAGCUCAAAAAGAUUCAAAAUUUGCAAAGAAGUUCUAGGGAAAGAACUAAAAGGAAAUGCAAAUGAUGACACUAAAGUUCAUAACAAAGUCCUUGAAAAGGAAACAAAAGAAGGGAAAGAACUAAAAGGAAAUGCAAAUGAUGACACUAAAGUUCAUAACAAAGUCCUUGAAAAGGAAACAAAAGUAGAUUGCAACCUCUUAAUACUUGUACAUGUUUCUAUGCAUCAUAGUCUUUUAUGCUUUAGUUGA